AUGGCAGCGCAACUCGAAGCAGAGCGCAAGGAGUACGAGACCCAACUCGAACUGGUCGAUACCUCUCUCCAAGAUGACCCCGAAAACGAAGAACUCCUCGCCCUCAAGAACGAACUGGUCAACUGCAUCCAACUCCUCAACGACUCGCUCGCCGAACUCAAGGGUGCUUCCGCCUCCUCCGCUGCUGCUCAGAAAAAAGAACCGCUCGCCAUCGGCAUUCCGUCAUCCAAUUCAACAUCACGGAAACCCUCCGUCCAAGAUUCUGAGGAACCACCAAAAUGGUCGCGCGAGAACCAUCCCGCCUUCAAGAAGCCGUCUGCUACCGCUCCUCAACAAGAGACAGCCAAGGAGGAAGCGCCAGCAGCGCCAGCACCAGUAGUCAACUUCCAAGUCAACGACACCGUCAUGGCCCGCUGGCUUUCGGGCGAUAAAGGGUUCUACCCCGCCAAGAUCGUUUCCGUAACCGGUUCUUCGACCGCGCCGAUCUACACCGUCAAGUUCAAGAGCUAUGACACGGUCGAGACGUUGAGGGCCAAGGACGUCAAGCCCGUUGUUUCUACUCUCGCCCCCGCCGCCGCUGCCACUGCGUCAUCUUCGUCUACCGGCGGCGCAGGCUUCAAGCGCAAAGCCGACUCAGACCACAGCUACCCGAUGCCAAUUCCCUCCUCCACCCCGGCCUCUUCGGCCGCAGGAGCGGCGGCUAUAACCCGCAACUCGGACGGUAUCACCUUGUCUGCGGGACCCGAGUUGUAUCCUGGUGCGCUGGCGGCGUCGUCAGCGGCUGCGGAAGAAAGUAGCAAGAAGGGUGGAGGAGACUCCAAGUUCGACAAAGACGGCAAACCCAAGUUCAAGAAGAUCAAGGCCAACAAAGAGCUGGAGAAGGGCAAGAACAAGUGGCAGGAGUUUACGCAGAAAGCCGGCGGCAAGAUGGGCAAGGGCAUCCCCGGGGCUAAGAAGGAGAGUAUGUUUAGGACGCCCGAGGGGAUUCAUGGGAGGGUCGGUUUCACCGGUUCAGGCCAGGCCAUGCGCAAGGACCCUACGCGGUCUCGCCACAUCUACCAGCCCAACGAAGAUCUGGAUUGA